AAAUGAACGAAUCGGUGAAAUAAAAAAGGUAAAAGAGGAACGAAAAACAAAAAAAGAAUCCGAUCGUUCCGAUACGUCACGGCGUGUCUGUCAAACAAUUUUAACAAAUUUUUUUUAAGUCCUUUUCUUCUCUGACUUUGUUCCGUAAAAAUGGCAGACAACAAACUGUACGAGGUUUUAGGUGUUACUCCAAACUCUUCGGAUAGUGAAAUUAAAAAGGCGUAUCGGAAACUAGCCAAAGAAUUCCAUCCCGACAAAAAUCCUGAAGCUGGUGACAAAUUCAAGGAAAUUUCAUUUGCCUACGAAGUUCUAUCGGAUCCCGAAAAGAAACAAACCUACGACCGGUAUGGACUCAAAGGAUUGCAGGAAGGUAUGGAAAGUGGUGGCGGUCACGAUGUGUUUAGCCGAUUCUUUGGCGGCUUCUUCGGCGGUAUGGGAGGUAUGGGUGGCCGUGGACGACAGCAAGCCGAAGAUAAGAUAUUGCAGCAGCCUGUCACAUUAGAAGAUUUGUAUAAUGGAGGCAAAGAGAUUCCGCUAGAGUUUAAACGAAUUGUGCUCUGUGCAAAGUGCGAUGGGCGAGGCGGAAAAUCGGGUACAGCUAAACGUUGUCACACGUGUCAGGGAACCGGAACCAAGGUGACAUUACAGCAUGUUCACAUCGGCAUCGCUAGGCAAAUACAUUCGAAGUGUACCGAUUGUAAAGGUAAAGGUGAAGCGUUCAGUGAACGGGACACAUGUGGCGAUUGUCGUGGAUAUGGUACGAAAGAGGAGAUGAAAGUGCUUCAGGUUCAUAUAGACAAGGGAAUGCAACAUAUGCAGAAAAUUCUUUAUCGUGAUGAGGGAAAUCAGACGCCUGAUUGUGACAAAGGAAACGUUAUCGUUGUGCUAGCGUGUCGACCACACGAAACAUUCCAUCGCAAUGGCAGCAAUUUAAUUGUGCGUCACACUAUCAGUCUGACGGAAGCGUUGUGUGGCUUUCAGCUACCCAUCAAACAUUUGGAUGGACGAAAUUUAGUGUUGAGUUGUGCGCCGGGCGAUGUAAUUAAGAGUGAUACGGUCAAGGCGUUAAUAGGCGAAGGAAUGCCGAUAUAUAAGAAUCCGUUCGAAAAAGGAAAUUUGUAUAUUGAAUUCGUCAUCGACUUUCCGCCGAAUAACUUUGCUACCGAAGAGCAAAUGCAGAUGCUGGAAAAACUACUGCCAGCCCGGCCACCAUUCGUCCAGCCGAUCGGUGAUGAUGUGGAAGAAGUGAGCCUUCAUCCGUACGAUCCGCAUACAUCACAAUCGUCGUCGCAUCGCGGUGAAGCUUAUGACAGUGACGAGGAACACAGUCACGGCGCUCAGGAAGUACAGUGCCCGGCACAAUAAGUUCGUGUGGCGCGCGAUUCAUUGAAUUUUUCUUGCUUUAUUGCGUCUCGGUGUGAGUGUGAGUGUGUGUAGACACAAACUCGGAACUAUAUAAAUUAAAUCGACAAAACUCGUCUCUUAACUUAAACAAAAAUCAUUUUCUUUUCACAUUUUGUACGACAAAUGGAACAUUUAUUGCCAACAUAAUGUCCUGUUUUCUGUAGCCUGUGAUGAAUUUGUAUACUUGAAAGGGAAAUGAAUUCAAUAAACGCGUUGGACAGCUUUUA